ACUUAUCAAAGAUAAGUACUCAGUAGUUUUCAGGACGGUUCCGAGUACUGUUGGCCCACUCAUUGAUCCGUGACUGUCCAUCUUCAUUCCACGAAACUUCAAAGAAAAGAACAGUGAAAAUGCACAAUCGAAAGUUGACAUAGAAAUUCCUACCACGUUUUUAUUAACAGGAAUCGGAGUCCGCUUCCGAAUGAAAAUGUGAUUUCUAUGGAAGUUCACGCGAUCGCGUAUGAUAGUAGACAAUAUGAAGGACCGGAUAAUGUCGCCUCAUGGUUUGCUAUCUUUGUUAGCCACGUACUUAGGAAUUUUCUCGAUCACGAUGUGUCAAAGUACUUGCCCUACGAGAUGUUUGUGCCACCUCAGCCAACAACCAAGAACUGUCAUGUGUUCAAAACAAGGCUUGGAAGUGUUUCCUGAAAAUAUAAGCGACGUGGUAGAACAAUUAAAUUUAUCCAACAAUCUAUUAACGAAUAUCAGCGAUGACAUUACGCGACUCACAGAUUUACAAUACCUGAAUUUAGCAAGAAAUAAAUUAAGUUCGUUGCCCGAGGAUUUAAGGUCUUUAAAAAGUUUACGACGAUUGGAUUUAAGCGGCAACAACAUAAAAGACGUCGUUGACAUCAGAUCCUUAGGACAACUACCAUCGUUAACGGUUCUACACCUAUCCACAAAUCCAUUAUCCAAAUUGGAGGGAUUAAUGAGCGCCAGUAUCGAGGCUUUGGAUGCUAGUUACUGCGAGAUACGGGAACUCACUAAUACAUCGUUGGAUAAUCUACCAGCACUGACUAUGCUUACGUUAAUGGGAAACCCACUGAAAAACAUUGACAACACAUGGAGUCCAAAAUUACAGUGGCUCGAUAUGUCUGACUGUCUCUUAAAUUACUUAAGACCCGAUACUUUCAAUGGAUUUCCAGCGCUUGAAGAGCUUCGACUGUCCAACAAUCCUACCUUAGUCUACAGCACGAGAAAUUCGACAUUGACACACUCGAAACUAAAGAAGCUGGACGUGUCGAGAUGUAAUCUGGAUAGGCCAGGCCUACACGGAUUUCCCUUAUUGACUCAGGCUCGAUUAUCCCGCAAUAUGAUUCGCAUGCUACCGGACCGAAUCUUCGCUAAAAAUAGAGAACUCGGUUUCCUCUACCUUAACGCGAAUGGAGUUGAAAAAUUGAAUAUGAGCACGUUCGAGGGUUUAGUGAAACUGCAAGUAUUAGAUUUGUCUGCCAAUUACUUGGAAGUGAUUCACCCAUUGACAUUUCACGAAAAUGUUGAACUCAAAUUGCUCAACUUAUCCUACAACGUUUUGUACGAGCUUCCAAACUUCACGUCAACGGUAGCAACGUUGGACGCAUCGUCAAACUUGAUAAGUGAUUUAAAUGGAAAUUUCUUGGCAAACAUGCCAAAAAUAAGGAGCGUUAUUUUGAGUGAUAAUCGACUACAAAGGCUUCCAGCAAAAUUAAAAUCCACAUCACUGAAGAAUUUAGAUUUAGGGCGAAAUAGAAUAGUCGAGUUGCUCAACGAUACGUUUCUUCAGUUACCGCAACUACUGAGAAUCGACUUAUCAGGAAAUCGUUUGACAGAAGCUAUAAAUCCAGAAAUUUUUCGAAACAAUCCAGAUAUAAACAACAUAAAAUUAGAGGAUAACCCAUGGCGUUGCGACUGUAAGGACUUAUACGCGUUGCAUGCUUUCCUAACUGAACGACCAGCAAAAACUGUGGAACAAACUUUGCUUUGUCAAAGUCCAUCGAACGUAUCUGGUUAUACCUGGCUAACUGCUUGUUUCAACGUAUGGAAUGGAUCUGUUUAUUACAACAAGGACAGAACCUGGGGAUUUGUGAUGCUCAUUAUUCUUACGAUCGUUGUUUUAUGUGGAAGUUUCAUAUCUAUCAGACAUAUGAUGAAGAUUAAAAGGAGAGCUAUCGAACAAAGACAGCAAUUGGAAACUUUAAGACUAUUAAGGCAAAGAAGGAACCAAGCAACGCAACAACAGCAACAAGAACAACAUUUGGAACGUGCACCAGAACCAAGAAUCCAUCCUCUCGAAUUAAUAGGACCACCUAGUUACGAAGAAGCAGUACAAAUGCCAAGACUAGCCCGGUCGUUAGAUAAUUUGGAUGACAUUUCAGUAGAAACAAGUUCUGUGCGUGUUAUGGGUUCUGCUGAUAACAUAAGAUAUAAAUAUAGAAGAACAAGGAGAGCAAAGAAGAGAAUUCAGAGUGAGGAUGAUUUGCUUAGAAGGGAAGAGCGACGACACGAAAGAAUCAGAAGAGAAAGAACUACCUCCGUCGAUAACAGCGAAACCGUUUUACCACAGAAUCAGAGAAAUUCUAGAGCCUAUAUGGCACGUAGAGCCAGAAGGCAAAGCGUGAUAAGUGAUUCUGUAGAAUCAGGAAGCGGAAGAAUUCGACCCAGACCGCAAACACCGAACUCAAAAAAAAGGCGACGGAGGUACACAGUUUAUGACGGGCACUCGACCGAUGACGAAGACUCAGAUAUUCAACCAGUUGGUUCUAGUAGAUCGAUUGUGAUCAGAGAACUUCGAAGAGAACCUAAGAGCGGUUACAGAGAAUCUACCGCAGAACAAGAUUCUUGAAGAACUAUCUGUUAUCAAUUUCAUUAAAAUAUUUUUUAAACGAAA